AUGUGGAGGGACGCCGGCGACCCCGCUUCGCCGUCCGUCUACCGCGUCGCCCCCUUACACAGCGGCAGCUCGAAAGACAGGAGGAAGCGGCACCGCGUGGCCGGGCGACCCCAUGGGGCAGCGGUGAGAAAGAAAAUGAAGCUUUUCUCGGAAUCACACAAAACAGUUUUUGUGGUAGAUCACUGCCCGUAUAUGGCGGAAUCCUGUAGACAACAUGUUGAGUUUGAUAUGUUAAUAAAGAAUCGGACCCAAGGAAUCAUACCUCUUGCACCUAUAUCACGAUCACUGUGGACCUGUUCAGUGGAAUCAUCCAUGGAAUACUGUAGGAUAAUGUAUGAUAUAUUUCCUUUUAAAAAACUAGUGAACUUCAUUGUCAGCGACUCUGGAGCAAAUGUCUUAAACUCGUGGAACCAGGAAGAUCAAAACUUGCAGGAGUUAAUGGCAGCGUUAGCAGCCGUUGGGCCUCCCAACCCUCGCGCAGACCCAGAAUGCUGCAGUAUCCUUCAUGGCUUGGUAGCAGCGGUAGAAGCUCUCUGCAAAAUUACAGAAUACCAGCAUGAGGCCCGGACCUUAUUAAUGGAGAAUGCCGAUCGUGUUGGAAACAGAGGACGGAUCAUCUGUAUUACUAAUGCAAAGAGUGAUAGCCAUGUACGAAUGCUUGAGGAAUUUGUCCAGGAAACGAUACAUGAGCACAAUAAAUUAGCAGCUAAUUCUGAUCAUCUUAUGCAGAUCCAGAAAUGUGAGCUGGUUUUAAUUCAUACUUAUCCUGUUGGGGAAGAAAGCCUUGUAUCAGAUCAUCUUAAAAAAGAGCUCUCUCCUGUUUUAACCAGCGAAGUACAUAGUGUUCGGGCUGGACGGCAUCUGGCCACCAGACUGAAUCUUUUAGUUCAGCAGCAUUUUGAUCUGGCUUCAACUACUAUAACUAAUAUCCCCAUGAAGCCUACAUUCAAUGUCUGUGACCAGGAAGAGCAACAUGCCAACACCUCUGCCAAUUAUGAUGUGGAACUGCUACAUCACAAGGAAGCACAUGUAGACUUUUUAAAAAGUGGUGAUAAUCACAUGGGUGGCAGCAGCAAAGAGGGCACAUUCAGAGAAACGGUCACUUUAAAAUGGUGCACACCAAGAACAAAUAGCGUUGAGCUGCACUAUUGCACUGGAGCAUACAGGAUUUCACCUGUCGACGUGAACAGCCGACCUUCUUCUUGCCUUACCAACUUCCUCCUCAAUGGUCGUUCUGUGUUGUUGGAACAACCACGCAAGUCUGGCUCGAAAGUAAUCAGCCAUAUGCUGAGUAGCCAUGGAGGAGAGAUUUUUCUGCAUGUAUUAAGCAGUUCUCGAUCCAUUCUGGAGGAUCCUCCUUCAAUAAGUGAAGGGUGUGGUGGCAGAGUCACUGACUACAGGAUUACAGAUUUUGGUGAAUUUAUGAGAGAAAAUAGACUCACUCCUUUCCUAGAACCUAGAUACAAGAAUGAUGGAAGUCUUGAGAUUCCUUUGGAACGAGCAAAAGAUCAACUAGAGAAACAUACCCGUUACUGGCCCAUGAUUAUUUCACAGACAACCAUAUUCAACAUGCAGGCGGUGGUGCCAUUAGCCAGUGUCAUUGUAAAAGAAGCACUGACAGAUGAAGAUGUGCUAACUUGUCAGAAGACAAUUUACAGUUUAGUAGAAAUGGAAAGGAAAAAUGAUCCAUUGCCAAUAUCAACAGUUGGAACAAGAGGGAAGGGCCCUAAAAGAGAUGAACAGUACAGGAUUAUGUGGAAUGAACUGGAGACUCUUGUUAGGGCUCACAUAGCCAACUCAGAUAAACAUCAGCGUGUCUUGGAGUGUCUUCUAACUUGCCGAAGUAAACCUCCUGAAGAAGAGGAGCGCAAGAAACGGGGCAGGAAGAGAGAAGAAAAAGAGGACAAGUCAGAGAAAGCAGGGAAAGAUUAUGAAUCAGAAAAAUCCUGGCAGGAAUCAGAAAGGCUAAAAGGUUUAUUAGAUCGUGAAAAAGAGGAACUUGCAGAGGCAGAAGUCAUUAAGGAUUCUCCCGAUUCCCCUGAACCACCCAACAAAAAGCCUCUUGUUGCAAUGGAUGAAAUGCCCAGCACUGAAAAAAAUAAAGGGCCGAUAUCUCUUCUGUCUCUGUGGAGCAACAGGAUUAAUGCUGCAAAUUCUAGAAAACAUCAAGAAUUUAUUGGCCGCUUAAACUCUGUCAACAACAAAACUGAACUGUAUCAACAUCUUAAAGAGGAGAAUGGAAUGGAAACCACAGAAAAUGGAAAGCCCAGCCGGCAAUGAAUUCGGGGAUACAGAACCACAUUUGCUCAUGAUGUAUAAACUUUUUAUGCCUGAUUUGAUAUUUCUAUCUAAUUGUACAGUUCUGUUACUUUGAUUGGUUUUUACAUUUUUGUAAUUUUAGUGCUUUUGUAUGAAAAUGCAAAAUAAGUAUGCUAUUUGUUCCAGUCCCAUUUGACUCUAAGAUCAAAUAAAAUUUCAAUUAAUACUCAGGUCUUUAUGACUAAAUAAAAAUGACUUUGCUGUUUUUUAAGAAAAAGCACAAUGCCUCCAACUUGAGUUUUUUGUUUGGACUAAAUUACAUUGCUAUACUUGAGAGUCCAUGCUUUUAGUGAAAUUCUCUUUAGCGCAAUCUACUGUUGGGUCUGGGGACCCUGGAUUUAAAUCAAAGCUCUGUGAUAAAACUUGCUGGAAGUGAUCUUGAUAAGAUCUUAACUGCCUUUUAUUACUAAUUGCUAGAGAAUGCAAAGAGGAUGGUUUCAGUGGAUUCAGAACAGGGUGGUUAUCCAUAUGCAAAAAAUAUGCUCACUGAGACUGCAACCACCAAACUCAUUUUCUUUCUUAUUUUAUUGAGUAGAUCCUUCAGAUUUAAGAAAAAAAUAAUGGGAAGAUAGUAUGCCGCUGAAAUUUAAGCAUCACCUGAACUUCCAGCAAUGCCUCUGGAUCUUCCACAGGCUCCAUUAGGCAUUCUUAGAAAAUAAAAACAUGAGUGUCUUGGCUCAGUGCUUUCUUCCUGGAAGAUGGAUGUUAAAGAGCUGCAUGGAUUCUGUACUGUUUGUACCAGUUGUUGACACUAAACAAUACCAGUUGUCUUA